AGUUUCUUCUUCGCGCUGUCGCUUCAUCGCUCCUCCCUCCCAUCGCUCUUUCCCCCCUGCCGCGUACUCGUGCCACCACUCCCAUCUCUACGCACUUUUUAAAUAUAUAUCCCCCCAAAAAGAUGCCUGCCAUCUACGUGAAGAGCGACAAGGUGUGCUACACCGACUCCUCGAUCGAGACGCAAUACGACUACCACAGCACCCGCGUCAGCCGCGGCGCGAAUGGCACGGUGGAGGUUGAGCCCAUCACGCACCACCUGAUGUUCAAGACGGAGCGCAAGGUGCCACGCGUUGGCGUGAUGCUGGUCGGGUGGUGCGGCAACAACGGCACGACGGUGACAGCCGGCAUCCUGGCGAACCGGCUGGGCCUCUCGUGGCGCACCCGCCGCGGGACGCAGUCGGCGAACUACUUCGGCUCCAUCACGCAGUCCAGCACCAUCAACAUGGGUAUGACCCGCGACAUGCAGGAGACGUUCGUGCCGAUGAAGGACGUCGUGCCGAUGCUGUCGCCGAACGACAUGGUGAUUGGGGGCUGGGACUGCAAUAACAUGAGCCUCGGGGACGCGAUGCGGCGUGCCGGGGUGCUGGAUGUGCAGCUGCAGGACGCCCUGUACGAGCACAUGCAGGCGCUGCACCCCCUGCCGGCCAUCUUCGACAUCGACUUCGUCGCGGCGAACCAGAAGGAGCGCGCCAACAACGUCCUCGUCGCGCGCGAUCGGUGGGACGCGGUGGAGCGCGUGCGCAGCGACAUCCGCAACUUCAAGUCGGCGAACCAGCUGGACAAGGUGAUCGUCCUGUGGACGGCGAACACGGAGCGCUUCAGCGAGCACCUCGACGGGAUCCACGACACGGCGGACAACCUGCUCGCUGCGGUAAAGCGUAACGAGCGCGAGAUUGCGCCGUCGGCCCUGUACGCGAUGGCCGCCAUUCUGGAGAAGUGCAGCUUCAUCAACGGCUCGCCGCAGAACACGCUGUGCGCAGGUCUGAUCGAGAUGGCCCGCGCCGCGCAGGUGUUUGUCAGCGGCGACGACUUCAAGAGCGGACAGACGAAGAUGAAGAGCGCACUCGUGGAGUUCUUCGUGGGCGCCGGCAUCAAGCCGGAGUGCAUCGCGAGCUACAACCACCUCGGCAACAACGACGGCUACAACCUGUCGGCGCCGAAGCAGUUCCGCUCGAAGGAGAUCACGAAGAGCAACGUGGUGGACGACAUGGUCGCGUCCAACUCCAUUCUGUUCCCGCCAGGGACGCCGAAGCCGGACCACUGCAUCGUGAUCAAGUACCUGCCGUACGUGGGGGACAGCAAGCGCGCGAUGGACGAGUACACCUUCUCCAUCUUCUUGGGUGGGCAGCAGACGGUGGUGCUGCACAACACGUGCGAGGACUCGUUGCUGGCGGCGCCGCUGAUCAUCGACUUGCUGGUAAUGACGGAGCUCAUGGAGCGCGUGACGAUCAGCGCGAGUAACGGGACGCAGACGCCUCCGGAAGACUCUUUCGAGCACAUGGAGACGGUGUUGUCGAUCUUGUCGUAUCUGCUGAAGGCGCCGGCGGUACCGGCCGGUACGCCCGUGGUGAACGCGCUGAACCGGCAGAAGUCUGCGAUCGAAAACGUGCUGCGUGCGAUGGUGGGGCUGCCGGCGGAGAACAACAUGCUGCUGGAGUGCCGUGUGCCCUUCAUGCGCGAGGAGCACGUCAACGGCGAGUGCGCCGACCCCACCGCGUGA